CCUAUAAGGUGUCAGGACGUGGCGGUCUAUUUCUCCAUGGAGGAGUGGGAGUAUGUAGAAGGACACAAGGAUCAGUACAAGGAUCAGGUCAUGAUGGAGGAUCAGCAGCCCCUCACAUCACCAGUCAGAUCCAGUAAGAGAACAGCACCAGAGAGGUGUCCCCGUCCUCUUCUUCCACAGGAUGAUCAGGGUGAAGAUCUGAACAAUAUUAAAACUAUAGAGACAGAUGUGAGCGGUGAUAAGCAGUUUAAGGAGAACUUUCCUACAGAGAAAGAUCUGAUCUAUAUUAAUGCUACAGACAUAAAGGAAGAAGAAGAGACAGAUGUGAGCGGUGAUGUGCAGUAUAAGGAGGACAUUCCUACAGGGGAAGUUCUUAUCUAUAUUAAUGCUCCAGAGACAAAAGUGAGCCGUAAUAAGCAGUAUGAGGAAAACAUUCCUACAGGGAAAGAUCUGAUCUAUAUUAACGCUACAGACAUAAAGGAAGAAGAGGCAGAUGUGAGCAGUAAUGAGCAGUAUAAGGAGGACAUACCUAUAGGGAAAGAUCUGAUCUAUGUUAAAACUACAGACAUAAAGGAAGAACAAGAGACAGAUUUGAACUGUGAUGAGCAGUAUAAGGAGGACAUUCCUACAGGGAAAGAUCUGAUCUAUAUUAAUGCUACAGACAUAAAGAAAAAAGAAGAGACAGAUGUAAGCGGUGAUGAACAGUAUAAAGAGGACAUUCCUACACGGAAAGAUCGGAUCUAUAUUAAUGCUACAGACAUAAAGAAAGAAGAAGAGACAGAUUUGAGCAGUGAUGAGCAGUAUAAGGAGGACAUUCCUACAGGGAAACAUCUGAUUUAUAUUAAUGCUACAGACAUAAAGAAAGAAGAGUCAGAUGGGAGUGGUAAUGAGCAGUAUAAGGAGGACAGCCCUACAGGGAAAGAUCUGAUCUAUAUUAAUCCUACAGACAUAAAGGAAGAACAAGAGACAGAUGUGAGCAGUGAUGAUCAGUAUAAGGAGGACAUUCCUACAGGGAAACAUCUGAGCUCUAUUAAUGCUACAGACAUAAAGGACCAACAAGAGACAGAUGUAAACAGUGAUAAGCAGUAUAAGGAGGGCAUUUCUACAGGGAGAGAUAUGAUCUAUAUUAAUGCUACAGACAUAAAGAAAGAGGAAGAGACAGAGAUGAGCAGCGAUGAGCAGUAUAAGGAGGACAUUUCUGCAGGUAACUGCCCAGAUUCUUGUAGCAGGAGAUCAGAGGAGAAUCUUAUAUCUUCAGAUUAUAAAGCAGAUGAUGAUAUCACACAAGAUACAUAUGAAGAACAUUCCAUUAUCCCAGAUACACCCUCAGCCCUUCACAGCCAAGAUCUCUCAUCUCAUCCUUAUAUACAGGUCCUGUCUUCUCAGUCAUCACAGGAUGUUCAGCAAAAUAAAAGUCACAGAAGGGGUGUUGGACACCAACAAGCUCAUACAGGAAAGAAAACAUAUUCAUGUUCAGAAUGUGGGAAAUGUUUUACUUCUAAAUCAGAUCUUGUUGUACAUCAGAGAACUCACACAGGAGAGAAGCCCUUUUCAUGUUCACAAUGUGGAAAAUGUUUCACUCAGAAAUCGCAUCUUGUUGGACAUCAGAGAACUCACACAGGAGAGAAGCCAUUUUCAUGUUCAGAAUGUGGAAAAUAUUUUACUUCUAAAACGUGGCUUGUUCAGCAUCAGAGAACUCACUCAGGGGAAAAACUGUUUUCAUGUUCAGAAUGUGGGAAAUGUUUUACUUCUAAAUCACGGCUUGUUGAACAUCACAGAACUCACACAGGUGAGAAGCCAUUUCCAUGUUCAGAAUGUGGGAAAUGUUUUACUAAGAAAUCAAAUCUUGUUGAACAUCAAACAGCUCACACAGGAGGGAAGCCAUUUUCAUGUUCAGAAUGUGUAAAAUGUUUUACUUCUAAAUCACGGCUUGUUAGACAUAUGAGAAUUCACACAGGGGAGAACCCAUUUUCAUGUUCAGAAUGUGGGAAAUGUUUUACUUCUAAAUCAAAUAUUAUUGAACAUCAGAGAACUCACACAGGGGAGAAGCCAUUUUCAUGUUUAGAAUGUGGAAAAUGUUUUACUAAGAAAUCAAAUCUUGUUGAACAUCAAAUAACUCACACAGGUGAGAAGCCAUUUCCAUGUUCAGAAUGUGGGAAAUGUUUUACUCGGAAAGCACAUCUUGUUGUACACCUACAGAAAUGUCUGUUAUACAAAAUGCAAACAGAAUCCAAAUAACACAUCUGUAUAUACGUCACCUGGUACUAGAAUAUUAUACAUUAAACCUUGUUACAAAUGUUUAAUACUGUAAUUUCUGUUCCAGCGAUAUUAUUCACCUUUUUUUUUCUCCUCACAAUUUCAAAGGCCUUUUGUGCUGCUUUGAAAAUAUGUGAACAUUAAUUUUUGUGCCACUUUUGUUUUUCUUUGUGGCAAAAAAUUUUUUUCUUGUUGCAGCCAUAUUGGAUUUUUUUUUGCGCCAAAAUUGGCAAUUUUGGAACCAAAAUUGCAGAUUUUUGCACCAAAUUUUAUAUCCCAGA